AUGGAUUUGGUCAAUGAAUAUUCAUCUUCGAAUGAUUCCUCUAGUUUUCUAAGCAGCAGCUCGGAUGAGGAAAGCAACUCUGUUGAAGAGGAAGAAAUAAGACGCCGAUUUGCUCAGGCUCCAGUAGUCAAUAAUUUCAAUAGUCAUCACAAGACGAAUGAAACCAGAGAGUCACAUGGCAUUACAACAUUUACAUUUAUUGUACCACGGUUAACAGAUCGACAAGUGUCGCAAUGUGAGGCCGCUGCUGAAGAAAUUUGGUUUAAAAUUUUAUAUGAAGACAACCGCAUCGGUGAAACGUGCAUCUUAGAUAGAAAUUUUGCCAAUGACCUGAGUGGUGAGUCAAAAUAUCAUAUCUCAACAUCAUAUAACAUAACAUUUCAGAAUGCCAGUUAUAUUAAUGUUCAAAAGGAUUACUCUCAUUUUGUGAUGCAACUUCAACGGUCACUUAAAAAUAUAAAGAACACUAGGAUUCAGCAGCAUCUCGGGUUCACUGGACAAAUUAAAAUAUUUAUGAAUAAAGAUGGUACAUGUUUAUUUAUUGCAGCCACCUUAGACAAUGAUACAUGUCAAAAUCUUGCACCUUUUGUUGACUGUGUGAAUGAUGCAUUGUUAGGAGGGGUAGCUCCUAAAUAUGAUCCUCUGAUUGAAAGGUUUGUUUCCUGGGUGGAUAGUAUGUAA